UUGUUGAAGGAGCUCAAACGGUGCGCUGCGCGGGGAGGGAAUCACGGCAGUCAGAUUUACAGGAAAACCUUGACACAUCUGAAACUGAUUUACCGAAGCUCUGAAAUUGCUGACAACCUCUCUGUCGCAUGCAACGUGCUUUGUGUGAAGACAUUUUAAAUGAAAGCAUUUUAUCCAUGAGUUCUGCAAGAGUUCUUCACCUCGUCAGUUCCUCGAUGCCGGGUCCAGGUAUGCCUGUGGAUGUUGCUGUGCAGCUCUACAUUACCCAUUCUCCCCCCCUGCGCAGCUUCCUGAGCUCCUAUGAGGAUUUCAGGUCACGCAACCUGGUCAACACCUGCUGCGAGCCCCUGAGGCCCUGUCUGAGCUCCAGAGCUGACCUGGAGCCCCCCUUACUGAGCUGGAGGACACCAAAACCCAAAGCCAAGAAAAAGGUUGUGUUUGCAGACUCCAAAGGCAUGUCGCUAACAGCAGUGCAUGUCUUUUCGGUUUUCGAUAACAAAGAACCUGCUACACCCCAACUGCAGUUUGAAGAUCUAGCGGACGUCACCACAACUCUUCGUAUAAACUCGUCCCAAAGCCGAAUGCUAGAUUUUGCACAGCCAGCAGCAGACUAUCUAGACUUCCGUAGUAGGCUGCUAAAGAACUUGGUAUGCUUGGAAAACUGUACCCUGCAGGAGCGGGCUCUCACCGGCACAAUUAAAGUGCGCAACGUGGCAUACGAAAAGUCUGUGCAGGUGCGGAUCACCCACGACACCUGGAAGAGCUACCAAGAUGUGGAAUGCACCUUUAUGAAUAAUGUUUAUGGUUGCCAGGAUACAGACACAUUUUCUUUUGCCAUCGAAUUACCUGUCUUUGUACCCCCUCAAAAUAAAGUCGAAUUUUGCAUUAGCUACAGAACUGGAGGCCAGGUUUACUGGGACAACAAUGAUGGGAGAAAUUAUGGACUGGUUUCAACAUCUUGGCAACCAAACAAAAAAUCAAAUUCAGCCACGCCAUCAAAGAAAUCGGAAUGUAGGAAGUUAGGCAGGAAAGCAGACAAGGGGAAUAACAAAUUUGAAAGUCCCCUUUACCCCAAUAACAUUAUUCAAAAAUGGCAGCAGUGGAAGAAAUUUGACAUUAGUAGCCCAUACUGGUGACUUGAGUGGGUUUAAUUAACUAAUAACACAUCAGAUUAUGCCAAACGUUUCAGCCACUUCAUGUUUCUAUCAGUAUUAAAGUAUAAACACAUCUCUUUAAAGCUCUUACAAUAAUUUAUUUGCUGUUGUACAUACAUUUACUGUACAUAUAAUUUAGUAUUCAAACCUUGUUUGAACAGAUGCCAAGAGUUGCCUACCACUUGUGUAUUUAGUUGCAGUGCAAUAUAAACACCUAUUUUUUGUAAAAACAAAAAUUUUAUCCCUUUAUUCCUAGUGCAGAGGUUAGAGAACUUCUGUAAACCAGACCACUAGGGGGUCUAGAUAUGAAUAGUAUGGAACAUUUCUGUUGGUUUAUUGAAUAAAAGCGCCUUAAAGGUCACGUUCUUUCUGAUACCAUUUUUUAAACCCUAGUUAGUGUAAAAUGUUGCUAUAAUAGCAUAAAUAAUACCUGUAAAAUGAUAAAGCUCAAAGUUCACUGCCAGGUGAUAUAUUUUCUUUGACAGAAUUCACCUUUCAAAGCCUACAGCGAACGGCGGGUGUACAGUACUCUACUUCCUGCUUUAAUGACGUCAGUAGAACAGUUUUUUACUAAACUCCGCCCACAUGAAUACAUCAGUCGCAGCCAAGCUAACAGCAAGCUAAGCUAACGGCAAGCUAAGCUGCUGUCGAAUCACAACACACUAAAUAAGCUACACAAUCAGAGUUCAAUACGUAUUUCUGAAGGAGGGACUUCAUAGAACAAAGAAAGAAGACAUCAGGCCGUUUUUAGGACACAAUCAAAGCAUCAAAAACACAGAAAGAACGGGACCUUUGAAUUUACUAUAAAUCUACUCAUGUGCCACCUCUGCAGACUGAUCUUUUAAAAAAGAAAACAUCUUUGAAAACAUCUAAAAUCUUUGUGAAAACCCAUUCAUGCUUGCUGAUCCUCUGAUGAUGAUGAGUAAGAUUUCAUUAUGGAGGAGAGGAACAAUUGAUGUGCAUCCAUUAGAUUAUCCUUCAUACUGAAGGGGUAACCUUUACUUGGUUACAAUAUUAAAUGUGAAAAACAAAUAAAAAUGCAUAUUUAUCACAUCUAAUAUGUGCUUUAUGAUAAUCAGUUUUUGUUUAUGCUUUUGAAUAUCUUUUUGCAAGAUAUCUAUACAUAAAUGUGCCUCUUCUUUAUUCAUGUUUGUGUGGGAUGUGUUGGGAAUUGAAAUGCUGGUUAACUGGUGAAGAUUAAUAAGCUAAACAACUGCAAUGAAAUUGGAUACUGUGCCUUAGUAUUCUGUUGCAAAUGACAGUGUAAAAUAAAACAAUUGUUUGGUUAAUUGUUUGGUUAAGUGCAAUUUAAGAUUGAGUGGAAUGGUUUGUGACUAAAUUAUCAGCUGUAAAUAUAAAAUGAGAAUGGCUGUAUUAUGUUAAGGAAAGAAAGGAUGUCUGGCUUAAUGUAUGAUGCAUUCGUGUGAGUUUUGUAAAAUAAAAUACAUUUAAAAUGUAA